GAGGAACUUCCUGACAGUAAGAGCUGUUCGACAGUGGAAGACAAUCCCUCGGAUAGUGGUGGAAACUCCUUCUUUUGAGAUCUUUAAACAGAAGCUGGAUGGGCAUCUUUCAGGGAUGCUUUGAUUGUGAGUUCCUGCAUGGCAGAAUGGAGUUGGACUGAUGGCCCUUGUGGUCUCUUCCAACUCUAUGAUUCUGUGAUUUGAAGUCACAUGACAAACAAGCAAUAAUGUGAAAUAAUACGCAGUAGGAACAAGAAAAAAAUCAAUAGAGGAGAAGAAUUGAAGAAUCACAAUAUACUCCUGCUCCCCAGAAAGAUAAACAGUGCCUUAAAUUGGGAGUGGAAGACGGCAAACUUUCAGAUCUAAAGGGCCUGACAUUAUCUAAGAGCUAUGACUGCUUGAAAGAUAUCAGUCUCCCAACUCAUUCCAUUUUAUAACAUGACAAUUUUUUUUCUUCUUUUCUCUUCAGUUGGUCCCCAGUUCCUGCACUCCAGUUGUUUGCCAGAUAUUCUUUGCUGGCCUUUUGAACUUUCUCUAUUCACUAUUUCAGACAGGAAGCAGAAUAGCCUGCGUAGUAACUUAACCCUGCGGGCAUUUCUACCAGUUCUAAUUCUUCUCCUCCUUAGACUUUUAAUCUUACUGAAUCUGCCAGAGGAAGAGCCACUUAUUCUAAUGAAUUCUACUGUUUCAACCUAGCUAACAUGUUAAAGCAUAGGAUUACCUUCUACAUCAGUCAACUAACCUAGUGAGUUAAGCCACAUCAGUAGAAGAAGCUAGGAUAUUAAUAGGUUAACUAAUUAAUGAGUCAUUUACAAGUACUGUUUCUUUUUCUUGCAUAUUUAACACUUUUUUCUAUACCUAUUCUGUUUCCCAGCAGAUAACUGGAGCAAAACAUAUGUAUGCCCCAAGUGUGGAAAGCAUUUUAAGUACAGCUUGGAUCUUGCAAGACAUUGGCGAACCCACUUGGAAGAGGAGUGUUAUGCUUUUGAGCAUACUUAUAAAUCCAUCAUUUUUGGAAAACAUCUCACCCAAACCAUGGCUCUUUUGGUUCGCAAGAGUGUUCACAAUGGAAAAAAUCAAUCUGAAUUUGAAGACUCCAGGCAAUAUUAUGUUGGCAGUUCACAUCUUUCAAGACAUCAGAGAUUACACACUGAAAGAGAACCAUUGAAAUGUCAGGUGUGUGGAAAAUGUUUUGCUCGUAAAGCCUAUCUUGUCAGACAUGAAAGAGUCCACACAGGAGAGAAACCAUACAAGUGCCAGGAAUGUGAGAAAUGUUUUGCUUCCAAGGGAGAUCUUGUGACACAUCAGAGAGUCCACACAGGAGAGAAGCCUUACCAAUGUCAGGUGUGUGGGAAAUGGUUUUCUUCCAAGUCAUACCUUGUCAUACAUCAGAGAAUCCAUGCAGGAGAGAAACCGUACAAAUGCCCAGAGUGUGAGAAAUGGUUUGUUUCCAAGGCUGAUCUUCUGAUACAUCAAAGAGUCCAUACAGGAGAAAAACCUUACAAAUGCCAGGAGUGUGGGAAAGGUUUUAUUUCUGCAUCUGAUCUUGUGAGGCAUCAAAGAGUCCAUACAGGAGAGAAGCCAUAUGCAUGCCAGGAGUGUCAGAAAUGUUUUGCUUCCAAGACAGAACUUGUGAGGCAUCUGAGAGGCCACAGUGGUGAGAAACCAUACCUAUGCAACGAGUGCGGAAAGCGUUUUGUGUACAGCUCCAAUCUUGCGACUCACCAGAGAAUCCACACGGGAGAGAAACCAUAUGAAUGCCAGGAAUGCGGGAAAGGUUUUGCUUACAAGGCAUACCUUGUGACACAUCAGAGACUCCAUACAGGAGAGAAACCAUACAAAUGUCAGGAAUGUGGGAAGGAUUUUGCUUCUAAAGCAGAACUUGUGAGGCAUGAGCGAGUCCACACAGGAGAGAAACCUUAUGAAUGCCAGGAGUGUGGGAAAAAAUUUGCUCGAAAAUCAAUCCUUAUGCACCACUCCUCUCUCCAUACGGGAGAGAAACCCUACGAAUGUCAGGAGUGUGGGAAAUGUUUUAUUCUAAAUUCUCUCUUGGUGUACCACCAGAGAAUCCACACAGGGGAAAAACCUUAUGAAUGCCAAGAGUGUGGGAAACGUUUUGCUCUCAGUGCACCCCUCCUCAGGCACCAGAGGCUCCAUACAGGAGAGAAGCCUUUCAGAUGUGAGGACUGUGGGAACAGCUUUGCGCACAAGUCAGCCCUUGUGACACACCGGAGAGUCCAUACAGGAGAGAAACCACACAAAUGCCAGGACUGUGGGAAAUGUUUUGCUCGUGGUUCACAACUUGUGAUCCACCAGAGGGUCCACACAGGAGAGAAACCGUACAAAUGCAAGGAGUGUGGGAGAAGUUUUGCUACUUACUCUUCACUUGUUGGCCACCAGAAACUCCACACAGGAGAGAAGCCCUAUAAAUGCCAGGAGUGUGAUAAAUGCUUCACGCUAAGUUCACACCUGGUGCAGCAUCAAAUACUUCAUACAAAAAAAGAAACAGUGUCCACAGAACUGAUGGAAGACAGAGAAGCCAAAGUAACGGACUCAUCUCAUAACAGUCACUUUCCUGCCCCACCCUCCCCUUCUCUUCCUAUGGGGAAGCCUCCUUUGCUUGCAUUGCACUGGAUCUCCCCCUUGUCCUCCUCCAACAACCAUUGCAAUUGCAACUGGGCUGGAAAAUUGCAAAGGAACAAGGUAACAAGGGAGAAGCUGUUACCCAGGACGAUGGAGGAGCGGGUUUCACCAGGACACAAAUCAGAAGAGAGAUUGGCAAUGGGUGGAAAAGACAUUCACAUUGUCCAAGUUGAAACCAUUGGGGAGUUUCUUGCCAGGGUUACCCCACCUCGGAUUAAGGAGGAACCAGAAGAGGGGUUACACUAUUUCCAGGAAGCUGAGGGGCAGAGGAUCCUGAAGAUGAGGACAGUGUCACCCCACCAUCCACCCCCAGUGGAGCAGACUAUGGGACAAUUUCAGGGUGUUGCUGAUGCCAACUGGCAGUCUCCGGGAGGAAAACCUGUGGGUCUUGGUGGUCAAGAAGCCCCCAAGGGUUAUGAGGGUCUGGAUUCAUCAGUGGAAGUGAAGGGAGAGCUUCUGAACAAGGAGGCACUCAACAUAGAGAUGCGUUGCCAGCGGUUUAGGCAGUUCUCCUACCGGGAGGGUGAAGGACCUCGAAAGGCCUUCUGCCAACUCUGGGAACUUUGCCACCAAUGGUUGAAUCCGGAGAAGCACACCAAGGAGCAGAUCCUGGAGCUGGUGAUCCUGGAGCAGUUCCUCAUGAUCCUGCCCCUGGAGAUGCAAUGCUGGGUCAGAGAACAGGGGGCCGAGAGUGGCAGCCAGGCGGUGGCUCUUGCUGAGGAUUUCCUUUGGAGGCCCCAAGGAGCGGAGAAAAUGGGACAGAAGACCCUGGUGGAUCUGGAUGGCUUGCCUGCUGAUUCUCCCAAGUUGGAGCUGGAUCUGUCAGACAUUGUGAAGAUCGAGCUUCCCAUGGAUGGUGAUGGAUACCACGUCCAGCCCCACUAUAUCCUUGGGGAAGCAGCUAAUUUGCAAGAGGAGAUGUACAGCAACGUGAGGAAAAAAACUGGUUUUGAGCCUCUGCCUAAGAACCAGAAAAUGCAGCUGAAGGAAAAGCCUCACAAAUGCCAGUAUUGCGGGAAGGUGUCCGACUGCCGGGCUCACCUGAUUAUCCACGAGAGAACCCACACCGGCGAAAAGCCCCAUAAGUGCUCAGCCUGUGGGAAAAGUUUCACCCGGAAAGAGUCUCUCAUCAUCCAUGAGAGGUUUCAUACUGGGGAGAAGCCAUACAAGUGUUCAGCGUGUGGCAAAACCUUCAGUGACAAAAUUGGCCGCCUCAUCCACGAGAGGACCCACACCGGAGAGAAACCAUACAAGUGCUCUGAGUGUGGGAAAAGCUUUGGUACACGUUGUAACCUCCUGAGGCACCGGAGAGUGCACACAGGAGAGAAACCAUACCGAUGCACGGAUUGUGGGCAGAGCUUCAGGUACAGGCCACAACUGGUGAUACAUGAGGGAACUCAUAAGGGAGAGAAGCCAUAUAAGUGUGCGGAGUGUGGGGAGAGCUUUAGCCAGACCCGCCAUCUAGUUAUACACAAAUGGACCCACACUGGGGAAAGACCCCACAAAUGUGCCAUCUGUGGCAAAAGCUUCAAUCAGAAAUCAGACCUUAUUACUCACACGAGAACCCACACAGGGGAGAAACCAUACGUCUGCUCUGAGUGUGGGAAGAGUUUCAUUUCCAGCUGCCAGCUUCGAAAGCAUGAGAGAAUCCACACUGGUGAGAAGCCGUAUCGUUGUUUGGAGUGCGGCAAAUGUUUCACGUACAGCUCUCAUCUGACUACUCACAAACGAACGCACACGGGUGAGAAACCAUAUCAGUGUCCAGACUGUGGCAAGUGUUUCAUUUCGAGCUCCCAUUUUACAGCACACAAACGGACGCACACAGGCGAGAAGCCGUACAAAUGUUCGUACUGUGGGAACAGCUUCAUUCAGAGAUCGCAGCUUGCCAAGCAUGAGAGGUCACACACAGGGGAGAAGCCCUAUAUAUGUUCCGAGUGCGGACAAAGCUUCCGAUGGAGCCAAGGGCUCAAAAAACACAUGCGGACGCACACUGGAGAGAAGCCGUACAAGUGUUCAGAGUGCGAGAAAACAUUUUCUAGCUCUUCAAAUCUUUCUAGACACCAGAAGAUCCACACAAGGGAGAAACCAUGAAGGCGCUUAGAAAAGGGAUGAGAACUGUGUAGCUCUCUAGAUGUUCCUGGACUGCAGUUCCCUGCAGCCUUUGCUAGCAUAAGUGAUAGUAAGGAAUGCUGGCAGGUGUAAUCCAACAACAUCUGGAGGGCCACAUAAUUCCCAGCUGAACAGAAGAAAAACUGCAGUGAAAAGCCUUUAAAUGCCUUGGUCAACCUUCUGCAACCUGAUAUCCUUCAGAUGCGAUGGACUACAGCUCCUGUACGUCAAAGUUUGUUUCAUAUGAUGGGGGUUGUGAUCCAGCAUAUCCAGAGGACACCAAGUAGGGGAAAGGUGUCCUAGACAAUGGUAGACUAUAGCAUUCAGACUGAACUGAAAGUGUUCAUACAUGGGGGUGUUUGUAUCUGUAUAAAAUUGUAAACAAUGAAAUUGUGUGUUGCUGAAAAUUUAACCUGUAAAUUAGUGAGGAAACGUCAACUCGCCACAUGUUUUGGAGUGCAGCUCCCACAAUCCCUUACUAUUGCCAUACCAUAUUGUCAGUGGGGAUGAUGGGAGCUCUAGGCCAAAACAUCUGGAUGACUGAUAGUGCUCCACACCUGCUGUAAAUAGAAUUUAUUAUAAAUAGAACUGUAUUGCAAUCCCUCCUGCCAGUCACCAGAUAAUCUACUGUUAUUGUUGAAUGUGGAUUCACAGGAUACUGGAAAUCACAGGAACUGGACACUGAACAAGUUCACUCCAGUGAACCCCAGGAGAGUAGAUGUGGCAAGAAGAACCCUGUGACUUCUACCGCUGGUCAAAGGAACAGUGGGGAUUUGCAUGCUAUGCCUCCAGGAAGAAAAUCACAGCAAAGGGAAAACCAGUCCAGUCUCACUCACUGGCCAGAGAAAAAGUAGUGGCUGAUGGGAACUUGCAUCUCCCCUCCCUACCAGAAAAACAACAAGAGAAAGCAAGUUGCAAUGAAACUAAAGAGCAGAAAGGAAGCAUACUCUGGCCAUCCUCUCACUUUGUCCAGUAGAAUAAGGGAGUUUUUCUAUUAUUUUCAUAUUUUAAGUCCAACCGUGGCCCAAGCUCUCCUUCUGCCUGGGGCUGCAUCUGCAGAAAUAAUCCAGUUCAACGCCAUUUUAACUGUUAUGGCUUAAUGCUAUGGAAUGCUGGAAUUUGUAGUUUUGUGAGAUAUUUAGCCUUCUCUGUCAGAGUGCUGUGG